UCCAACCAAGGCGUUUAUGAAUUACCUUUUAAGGGUGAGAUGACAAGAAUAUGCCUUCGGUGUUCCUUGGGAUUCGCAGGUGCCAAGCAUGAUGUGCAGGAUACGAAAAGAGUGCCAGGAUGUGCCUCGUACGUCGCCCUCGAGUCCCAUCGCAGACUUCGUCCUCGAGUCUCAUCCUUCGAAUCUCAUCCUUCGAGUCUCAUCCAGACGUCGCCCUCAAGUCUCACCCCAGAAAGUCGCCCUCAAGUCCCAUCGCAGACGUCGCCCUCGAGUCUCAUCCUUGAAGUCUCAACCCAGAAGUCGCCCUCAAGUCCCAUCCCAGAAGUCGCCCUCAAGUCCCAAACCAAGGUCGCCUCAAGUCCCAAACCAGAAACGUCACCCUCAGCCCUCAUCCCAGACGUCGUCCUCGAGUCUGAUCCCUCGAGUCUCACCCCAGAAGUCGCCCUCAAGUCCCCAUCGCAAACGUCGCCUUCAAGUCUCACCCCAGAAGUCGCCCUCAAGUCCCAUCCCAGACGUCCUCCUCGAGUCUCAUCCUUGAAUUCUCACCCCAGAAGUCGCCCUCAAGUCCCAUCGCAGACGUCGCCCUCGAGUCUCAUCCUUCAAGUCUCACCCCAGACGUCACCCUCAGCCCUCAUCCCAGACGUCGUCCUCGAGUCUCCUCCUUCAAAUCUCACCCUUGGAGCACGGGUCGAGGCCUGCAGGAGGCCCGGCCGCCGCGCCUCCUCGGGCUUUAUUUAA